UGGAUGUACAAUGCCACGUGUCCACAACAUGUCUUUAUUUUGUAAAUAAAUGAAUUAAAAAGUUGUUUCAAAGAUUUGCCUUGAAAAUUACCAAUAUUUUAUUUUUUCAUUGUACUAAAACAUGCAAUAUAGAAAUAUUUUAGCUUACUCCUCAAUUACCUUUGGAUCUAGUUUGAUCAAUUCCAUUUUCGACUUUUACUACGUCAGGACGUUUUUGCAUAUCUACAAGAUAAAUAAUUCAUGGUUUAAUGUUGCUCAGUUUGUUUACAUGGUGUGGAAUGCUGUCAAUGAUCCUCUGUUUGGUUAUUUACAGGAUAGCUCUAACAUCAAAAUAUUUCGAGUGAGGUCCCUUGCAGUCUUGGUUGGUGCUCCAAUAUAUUCUUUAAGUUUUCUGACACCAUGGUUUCCAUUGUUUUCAAAUCGCCCAGAUUGGCUUGUUGGUCUUCAUCUCAUCAUCUCUCUUUGUUUUUUUGAUUCACUGUUGACUUUUGUUCUUCUUGCACAAUGUGCUUUGUUUGCUGAAAUAUCUCCAUCAGCCAGUGAUCGAGCACAGCUUCUGAAAUACAGUCAGGUUGCUUCAAUCUUAGGAUCAUCUUCUGUCUUUGUAGUUGACUACAUAUCAGAAAGUCAAAAAAAUUUCGUCACAUUCCAGUUUCUGUGUGUAAUCGUUGCAGCCUUGAGUUGCUGUGUAAUGUGUUAUUCUGGUCAGAAUGUCAGAGUUGCCAAGAAAUAUGAGCCACUCUUGGAUCAAAACACAGAAAACGUCCAAACGAAUUCAACACAACCAUCUUGGCUCAAACUCACCUUUCAAAUUUGUCGACAGAGGAACUUUGUUUGUUUUGUGAUCAUGAACUUUCUUCAGAUUUUUCAUAUAACUUACAGCAGUAAUUUCUUUUUGAUUUUUGCUGAAGUUUUGAUGGGCUCGCAGCUUCCUGCGUUUGUGCGCAGUGUCUUAGCAGGAUCAACAUACUUGAUUCCCCAGAUCCUUGGUAUUUUAGCCAAUCCUUUUAUUGUACGUUAUGGCUCCUACCAUAUUAUUCUUUUUUCAUUUUACGUAAAGCUAGCUCUUGCUGUCUUUCUGUUUAUCAGUGGACCUAAAUUCGUAUACUUCCUUGCUUUGUUUUUUGUUCUUGACAAAAGUAUUCCCAGUGCGACAUUUUCACAGUUCAACAUGCCGCUGGCCGAUAUUAUCGACGACGACAUGGUCAUCAAUCAAAGAAGUUCACCAAUUUCUUCACUUGUCUUUGGUACGAAUGCCUUAUUUACAAAACCGGCCCAGUCCUUCGCUCCAAUGUUGAUUGUUCACAUCCUAAAUAGUUAUGGCUACCAGGAACGUCAAAAUGUCACCAUUACCGCUAAAGCUAACGAAGAACUAAGAACGAUGAUGUUUAACAUCAUGUGUUAUCUCCCCGCUAUUAUUGCUCUUCUUCAAAUAAUUGUUUGGAAUUUUUACACUCUGCGAGGAAAGAGGGCAAAAACAAGCGAGGAGCCUGGGAAUAGUUUGCUAUAAAAGUACAGAUUAUCUUUGACGAAGCUGGUAACGUCGUCGAUGUUUGCCGAAAUAAACUGCCUGCAUCCAAACCUACUGCGUAACUUGUGAAUAUCGAGUUGUCGACGUUGUUAAGAUUCAUCACUGCUCCUCCAUCACCAGAAUACAGAAUAAAGAAUGAAAUUCAGCUAUAUAAAAGUUGCCGUAAAUGAGACUAGAACCAGGAAAUAGAAAAUCGUGGCUGUCGAGCAGAUAAAUAAUAUUUUAAAACUUGAAGUAUUCGGUAUUUACUCGAGUGAUAUGACAUGACAUGUACUUUCAGUAACUCUUAUAACAUUUAAUAAGCAGUACUUGGCUGCAACUGAGCCUUUCUUUUUUUGUAUAAGCCAAUAUUAUUCAUUUUUAGCUCUAUCGUUUUAAAUUGUUAACACCACUAAUUGUCCUUUCCUACUUUUGCUAUCGACUUCAUUGUUUACAAUAUUUAUCGUCUAUAUGCGAUGUAUCUGUGACAUAGUUGAGCACGAGAUGAAAAUACGUGUUGUAAAAUAUCAAACUGAAAAAUUAAUUUAACUGGAACAGUCAACGUA